AUGAGCCUAGAAACAGCAAGGCAUCUUCCGUUUCUGGUACUGCUGCCUUUGCGUCGGCCCAGCAAUCAUGGGGCUGCUGAGCGUGCGCGUGGCGCUGCUGUGCGCGGUGGUGGCGCUCAGCCUCGGCGGGGGAAGCUGGGCGCGGAGGCCAUCAAGGGCAAUGACCUGACGAAGCCGUUCUACUGCGACAAGGACAGCAACUACGGCUUGUGGUACCGGUACACGUGCGCGUGCGCGUCCAUGGAGCCGAAUGACGUGGGGAUCUACUGGGAUCCCGCAGUCAACAAGAGCAUCGGCGUGACGUGCCCGGGCGCCAACCCCGCGGCCGUGGGGCGCAUGGCGUUCGGCAACAAGUGGCUCGAGUCCGUGGGGUACGUCUACUGGGUGGACGAGCUCAUGCGCUGCGCGCGCCAGCCGUACCGCGGCGACGGGCGGCAGCUGUGCUACAUCCCCAACAUCCGCGGGCGCGCCAAGGAGCUCUUCGUGGGCAACGGGUACGUGCCGCCCGGCGGCAAGCUCAACGGCCGCCCCUGGAACUGGAACCCCGAGCCGCCUUACAUCGGUGACAACUGGCGCUCCUGGGCCUGGGACGAAAAGCCUUACUACUAA